AUGGCCUCAGCCCUCAAACCCUUUCUCAUUAUCCUUUCUUCAUCAAUAUUCCUCACAAAUCUCGCUAGCCCAUGUGCGAAUUUUGCAGAUCUUCCCAAGAAACUGCCAAACUCGAGCGAACCCAGCUCACAGGCGCUCAACGGGAGCAAAAAGGUGGAGCCUUUCGGAAAAUCCCAGGUCGUAAUCCGAGGAAACGCCACCAUUACAAGCCCAAACGGUACUUUCAGGCUCGGAUUUUUCGCCCCAAAUGAUGGGCACAGAUGGUACUUGGGCAUGUGGUACGCUUCUAUUCCUAUCCCUACCUACGUUUGGGUCGCGAACCGCGAAAAGCCCGUCAAUAGUCUGCUCUCGGCGCAGGCCGAGAUCACCGGACAUGGUAAACUAGCUGUGGUGGACCAAGAAUCAGGAACCCUUUUAUGGGAAACGAAAAAUGUCCAAAAAGCAACAGAUCUGAGGCUGCUGGAGCAAGGGAACCUAGUUCUUUUGUCUGCUGAGGGUAGAAUCGUGUGGCAGAGCUUUGAUUUCCCAUCUGACACGUCAUUUCCCGGGAUGAACCUGACAGCUGGCAUGACACUCAACUCCUGGAAAAGCUCAAUCGAUCCAAGCCCAGGAAGGUACUUUCUGAGGAUAAACCCUCCUGAUUAUGGUGAAAUCGCGCUUUACUAUAGCAAUGAUAGUGAUUUGUACACGUAUUGGACGACUGGUAACUGGACUGGGAGUGCAUUUGCUGGUGUGCCUGAAAUGACUGUUCCCUACAUUUACAAGUUCAAUCUUGCUGAACCCUUUACGCCCCUCGCGACUUUCAUCUACUCGGAGGUUCCGUUGGAAGCUGGGAUGAAGCCCCCAUUGACUAGGUUUGUCUUGGACCAUACGGGCCGGAUCAAACAGUUCACUUGGUCCCAGCAGAGUGGAGAUUGGACCACUUUCUGGUCCCAGCCCGAAAAUGUUUGCAAGGUGUAUGGGCUUUGUGGAAGCUUAGGGAUGUGCAAUGGGAACCCGUUGAGCCCGUGCCAGUGUCUGGAUGGUUUUACCCCUGCAAACGGCACUUCUUGGGCCAAGGAAGAUUUUACCGGUGGCUGCUUGAAAACGGGCCGUGGGACCUGCAGCGAGCACGACAAAUUCGAAGAAGUUGGGGCGGUGAGCCACGAGCGAACAACUGUCGUGUCGUUUAUUGGGACCCGUGCCGAGUGCGAGAAGUCGUGCUUGAAAAGCUGCUCCUGCAUUGGCCUUUACCACAACGAAGAAAGUAAUUCGUGCAGGAAUCUUUACGGCCCGCUCUUGAACUUGCGUAACGUCACUUUAGAUAGCACGGUCGAUGAUAAACUGUACUUGAGAGUGCAGCAAACGGUCGGUGCCGGAAAAAAGAGCAAAACGAAAAUGAUAUUCUCGAUUGCGAUAACUUGCAGCGUCCUCUUUGUGCUAGGCGUAGGGAUUAUGAAUCUUUAUGUGAGAAAAAGGCGGCGGGCCCACCUGAUGAAUGGCGCGGAUAGUGAUAACACUAUUCAGGCGACGAACUUAAGGUUAUUCUCCUACAAAGAGCUCCACUCGGCCACUAAAGGAUUCUCACAGAUGCUUGGUCAUGGCGGGUUCGGAGCCGUUUUCCGUGGGGAGCUUGCUGACUCAUCGGUGGUGGCCGUUAAGCGGCUCGAACGGCCUGGAAGUGGCGAGAAGGAGUUUCGAGCCGAGGUCUGCACUAUCGGGAGCAUUCAGCACGUGAAUCUCGUCCGGCUACGCGGAUUCUGCUCCGAGGGCUCUCACCGUCUGCUCGUUUACGAAUUCAUGCCGAACGGUGCUCUCAGCACAUACCUCCGGCGAGGGUCUGCCGUGGUUCCGAACCUGAGCUGGGAGGAUCGGUUUCGGGUGGCCGUGGGGACAGCUCGGGGGAUUGCUUAUUUGCACGAGGAAUGCCGGAGCUGCAUUAUACACUGUGAUAUCAAGCCGGAGAAUAUAUUGCUGGAUGAGGGUUUUGCUGCUCGGGUUUCGGAUUUCGGGUUGGCGAAGCUCAUGGGUCGGGACUUUAGUCGAGUCGUGGCGACUAUGCGGGGGACUUGGGGUUAUGUGGCGCCCGAGUGGAUAUCCGGUGUGGCCAUUACCACGAAAGCUGACGUGUACAGCUACGGGAUGACUUUGCUCGAGCUUCUUGGCGGGCGAAGAAAUGUAGAGGAUCGUGAUGAAGAGGAUGAUGACGAGGAUGAUGACGUGGCGGGGAGGUGGUUUUUUCCUCCAUGGGCGGCGCGGAGGAUUAUAGAUGGGGACGUGGGGUCCGUGGUGGACGAGAGGCUCGGCACGAGUUACGAUGUGGGAGAAGCAGCUCGGGUUGGGUUGGUGGCGAUUUGGUGCAUACAAGACGAGGAAAGUUCGAGGCCGAGUAUGGGUACGGUGGUGAAGAUGCUCGAGGGGGUGGUGGAUGUGGCGGUGCCGCCGCCGCCGAUGCUGCUUCAGGCGCUCGUCUCUGGCGAAUCGUUCAGAGGGGUCGCCGCCGGGAGGUCGGGAGGUGGAGUGUCGGUUUCGGCGGGGUCGGGAGGUUCGAGGGUUUUGGCGUGA